CUUUCCUGAUUACAUCGGGAUCAUAGGAGAAAAACAUGUCGACCUCUUUCAAGAAACCUCGACGUAAUUUUCGCCAGAAAAUUACGAUCGACAGUGAAUCUGAUGACGAAACGAAGGAAGAUUUUGAGAACGUAAACAAUGAAAAUGAAAACAGUCCACAAAUGGUCAGUAGUGAGCAAACAAAGAAGUCCAAGAAAAAGAAGAAAGAAAAGGAUGCUCUUGGAAUGCAUCGUAGCAGCAGCGUUCUUAGCUUCAAUGAAGAUGAAGAAGGUGAAGCUUUGAAAAUCAAGAAGUCAAGCCAUAGUAAGCGAAUAGCCAAACAACUGAAAAUGGCCUCAAAGUUAGCUAAAGAGGAGGAAGAAAGAGUACAGAAAAGCUACCAGUCCCCACCUCGUAAAGCAUCCCCAGUCCACAGAGAGGAAUCAUUGGAGGACAGGGAUGAAGAAAUAAGGAGGCUUCGUGAAGAGUUCCAGACAAUGAAUGGAGAUGACUUGGAGGAGAAUGAGAGUGAGGAAGAGACUGAAGGUGGCAAUCAGCUCAAGAAGAUGAUCAAAAAGGGAGAGAUCCCAGAUGCAACGAUGAUCCACAUGAUUAGAAAGAAAAGACAACAAGCGAGAGAUUACGGAGAUUUCAUUCCACUAGAUGACACGGAGAGGGUGGAGAAUAGUAAAUCACGCCUUGUCAGGGAUGAUGACAAUGAUAAAUCAGAUGACGAUGAGAAUGAGAGGAUAGACUUUUCUGUAAACACUCAGGCCAGAGACAGAAUAAAAAUUCAGAAUGAAUUCUUGGCUGCUGAGCAUGGGUCAGAAAAUGAGGACAGUGAUCAGGAGAGAGAGUGGGAGGAGCAACAGAUUAAGAAAGGGGUCAGCCUAGGAUCAGAGCAGCCAGACGGAGGGUCAUCAGCAGCAGCACCCACCUCCAUUGACCAGUACAACGGAUUCCAGGACACCACCGUCCUAGAGAAGAAGACGUUCACCGCCUUCCCCAGUCUCACCCAGACUGGAGGCUCCACCGUUAUAAAUAUGGAGCUCAUUCGAAAACGACUCCAAGACAGAUUGAAUUCUAUGGAUGAAGUUCAUCGUAGCCACACUCGAGACCGAGACUCUUUAGUCAGUGAUAUCGAUGACACUGAGAAAAGCAUUGAAACCUGUCAAGAGAAAGUGGCAGGCUUGGAAGCGCGUUACCGCUUCUUCCAAGAAAUGAGGGGGUAUGUGAGAGACUUGGUUGAUUGUCUCAGCGAGAAGGUUCCUGAUAUCAACAGCUUGGAGCAGAGAAUGACCAACCUCUGGAAGACUCAGGCACGUAAAUUUCUGUCUCGUCGACAGCAGGACGUCCGAGACCAAUGUCAGGAGUACAUGACAAGUACUGCAAAUGUAGACCUGACUUCACCCGAAGCUGUCGAGAAACAGAGACGGACAGCUGAGAGGGAAGCUCGCAGAUCUCGCAGAAGACGAGCACGAGAAAUGAAAGACAUUGUGGGACACCAUGAUGGCUUGUCAUCAGACGACGAAGAAAAUCAAUCAGAAAUAGCAAAAUAUAACGUGGAAAAAGAGUCGAUACUGUCGGGCCAGGAGCGGGUGUUUGAGGAUGUGGUGGAGGAUUUUAGUGAGGUGGACAGUGUACGUGAACGCUUCGAGGACUGGAAACAGACCUACAAGGACACGUACCAGGACGCAUACAUCGGGCUCUGUCUGCCCAAACUCCUCAAUCCCUACAUACGACUCAGUCUCAUCAACUGGAAUCCACUGGAGGCUGAUUGUAUGGAUUUUGAAGACACAAAAUGGUUUGAUACUCUCGUAUUUUAUGGCUUCAAACUGCAAGAGACGAUAGCCAAAGAUGACGACGACAUUCGACUACUCCCAUCUAUUGUAGAAAAAGUUGUAUUACCAAAGUUAUCUGUUAUAGCUGAGUCGGUGUGGGACCCUUUAUCUACCACCCAGACCUCCAGACUAGUUAAUGUCAUCUCCAAACUGGGCCGAGACUACCCCUGUAUCCAGGCCAACAAUAAGGCCACACAGCAUUUGCUUAAUGUUAUUGUGAGAAGAAUAAGGACAACACUUGAAGAUGAUGUCUUUAUGCCUCUUUAUCCCAAGUCGGUAUUGGAGAACAGAUCCUCUAAUGCUUCAGUGUUUUUCCAUAGACAGCUCUGGGUCUGCAUAAAGUUACUAGGGAACAUCCUGAGUUGGCAUGGUAUUUUGUCCAAUCAAAUGCUGCGUAGUUUGUCACUAGAUGGAUUACUCAACAGAUAUAUCAUCCUAGGUCUUUGUAAUUCUGGUGUAAACAAAGAAACCAUACAGAAAUGUCAAUCAAUCAUCUCCACAUUCCCCAAGGAGUGGUUUGAGGAUCUUGAGGAGGACAAGACGAUGCCCCAGCUAGAGAAUCUGGGUCGGUUCCUGGUGUCAGUGGCCCGUACACUGUACAGUGAGGGUCAGCAGAACAAAAGGGACUUCGACAAGAAGGACUCCAGGGAUUUCAUCAAACAGAUCAGUAAGAUGCUGGUCAACAUUCACGCAAUGGAGUACGCCGUCAAUUUACCGAUGUGAGCUGUAAAUCAGACUGAAGUGAGGAUAAAUCUACAGAUCAAACAAACUCAACAAACUCAACAGGCACACUGAGUGAGGUCUCUGUGUCUUGAGUCUCCUCUAUCCCUCCAAGGCUACAUACAGAUUUCUCAAGUUCUUGUUGACUUGUUAAAACAUCUGCAGAACACACUGUUAUCAGGCUUAGCAUCAGCUUAAGGAGAACCAGAGCUUUUAUUGUCAGCUUGAAAGAUUUGAUCCAAGAACUACAAAGUCAUUACACAAGGCCUCGUUAUAAGUGACUGAUUCGAUGUGUAUGAUUUGUGCUUUUACUGGAUGUAUUAGCGAUGUUUUCAAGUUAAACAAAAAUAUGUUUUGUUUUAUGACCAAGUCAUUGUUUUGCAUCAUUUCAACAUUAAAAAAGAUGAUUGUUUGA